UCAGACUAGUAUGAAUCACAUUUUGCCUCCUACUCUAAGCAUUCAGAAAGAUGUCUACAGAAUUUCUGUCAAUGAAACUUUAACUAUUCGCUGUUGGGGAAAUCAGUCCUUGGAGUGGACAUGGCUAAAGGAUAAGACUGUUACUGAUUCCCACAUAACAGUGAAUGACUGCAUACAUCAAAGUCCUUUCUGCAAAAUGCUCACAUUAUCCAAAGCCAUGGCUAACGACACUGGGUCAUACCAAUGUUCUUAUCAGGAUUCAGAGAGCAUGAAUAAUGCCACAUCUGCAAGUAUAUACAUUUAUGUUGAAGAUCCUAGGUCACCAUUUGUGACCUCUCCAGUAAGCAAUCAUCCUGAAGUUGUAUAUAUAGGUGACAACAAUACUACGCUUAUACGAUGUGUUGGGUCGAUGGCAGAUCUUAACGUGACACUGAUUGCGCGAUAUCCAGAAAAGGAGUUUAUUGCUGAUGGCAAGACAAUGCACUGGGACAGUAAGACUGGUUUCACCAUCCCUGGUAAUUUAAUCAAGUAUGCUGGGUAUGUCUUUUGUAAAACCAGAAUAGAUGGGGAAAGUCAUGUCUCCUCACUGUACAUCGUUGCUGUUGUAGGAUAUAUGAUGUACAGCCUUAAUUUGAAUCCUUACCCUCAGGUGGAACUGACUGAGAGGGCAACGCUCACAGUAGAAUGUUUAGCAGAAACAGAGCUCAAUGUUGGAGUUAAAUUUGUUUGGCAUUAUAAUGCACAAGAGUUGCUACCUGAUGGAAGAGUUACUUUCAAAGCACAUCGACAUGCAUUUUCUCAACGUUUAAAGCUCUCAAGCACCUUAAUUCUUGUAAAUAUAACAACAAAGGAUAGUGGCAAUUAUUCUUGUACAGUAGACAGUGGUCGAAUGACUUUAUCAAAAAGCACACGUGUCCUCAUAUAUGAAAAAACAUUUAUUGCCAUGGAACCAGGUAUGGGCCUUGAAUAUGAGGUGAACGCAGGACAAAACAUUGAAAUUCCAGUGAAGUUUAAAAGCUACCCCAAACCAGAAGUGAAAUGGUACAAAAAUGGAGAAAUUCUCAAUCACAACUACCGGAUUACAGCAGGUUAUACUUUGUCCAUUUCUGACCUAAACGAAGAGGAUUCAGGAGUUUAUGAAGUUAUUCUUACCAACCCAGUGACAAAGGAAAAGCAUCCACACCAGUAUAACUUGGUGGUAAAUGUACCUCCCCGGAUCCUUGAGAAUGCCCUUUCCUUACCAAGAGAUUACUUUGAGUAUGGCAGUGAGCAGAAACUUACAUGCACUAUAGAUGCUGUCCCUGCGCCGGAAACAAUUCAGUGGCAGUGGCUGUCUGAGGAAGACUGUCCCAUCGGUGACAAGAAGAGAGACUUUGGGAAGGUAUCCAAACAACAUAACUGCAAAGGCUGGAAGAACAUCAGUGAUUCAUCUGGGGGUAAUCAAAUUAAGAAAUAUGAAGCUCUGCAAAACAGAGUAAAUAAAUACAAGAUCCGCACAACAAGCACCCUUGAGAUCCAGGCAGCAAACACAUCUGCUUUUUACAGAUGUCUGGCCAGAAAUAAAGCAGGAGAAGAUAAGAGGAUGAUCUUCUUUCAGGUAACCUGGGGCCUUGAUAUUCAUGUUUUUCCUGUGAACAAUCCAAUAGAGAGUGAAAACGUUGUCCUUCAGUGUACAACAAAGAAGAAACGUUAUGUAAACCUAACCUGGUAUAAACUCAGUUCGAAUACCUCACACUGCCAGCAUGGAAUGAAACAGUGCCGAGAAUGCAAAAAUCCUGACGACUUUCAUAAACUCAGCAGCAUAGAUUGCGACACAGAUUAUGCAAAUGUCAGUUUACAACUCAGAUUCCAAAACAUUUCUCUUCAAGAUCAAGGAAUGUAUGUCUGUAUGGCAAGGAAUCAAAAGACCAAUGAAAUCCAGUGCCUGACCAAAUAUGUCCUAGUUCAAGAGAGAAUGCCUCCUGCAGUCAUAGGCCUUCAGCACGCAAGUGUCAAUGCCAGUGAAACUCUCGAGAUAACGUGUAAUGUGUCUGGGGUUCCUACUCCCCGUAUCACAUGGUUCAAGAACAACCAGACCGUACUUAAAGACUCAGGUGUUGUUUUCCUGGAAUCAAAUCAAACUCUGACUAUCCAGAGGGUUAAGAAGGAGGACAGUGGAGUGUACACUUGCCUUGCGUGUAAUGAUUUAGGAUGCUCAUGGACAGAGGCUACCAUCUCAGUGCAAGAUUCCGAGGUGAAAACAAACAAUGAGCUUAUUCUCCUGAUUUGUGCUGCAGUGUUCAGCUUGUUCCUGUGGUUGCUUCUGGUUAUUCUCUUUCGAAUAGUGAAGCGGUCCACUAGAAAGGAUGUGAAGACUGGCUACCUGUCAAUCAUCAUGGACCCAGAUGAAUUACCCCUGGGAGACCACUCUGACCAGCUCUCCUAUGAUGCCCAGAAGUGGGAGUUUCCGAGGGACAGGCUGAGGCUUGGUAAACCACUGGGGCGGGGAGCAUUUGGUCAAGUUGUAGAGGCCACUGCAUUUGGUAUAGACAAAUCAUCAACCUGCAAAACAGUUGCUGUCAAAAUGCUUAAAGAGGGGGCCACAUCCAGUGAGCACAGAGCGCUUUUGUCAGAGCUAAAGAUCCUUAUCCACAUUGGACAUCACCUAAAUGUCGUUAACCUUCUUGGAGCUUGCACAAAACCUGGAGGUCCACUUAUGGUAAUCGUGGAAUACUGCAAGAAUGGCAACUUAUCCAAUUAUCUGAGAGGAAAACGUGAUGAGUUUGUGAGCUACAAGACUAAACCUUUGAAGCCAAGACACAUCAAAGACAAAUACACAGAUUAUAUACUGUGGCAAAUGAAAUGCCGUUUGGACAGUAUUGCAAGCAGCCAUAGUUCAGCAAGUUCAGGCUUCCUGGAAGAGCGGUCAAUCAGUGAGGCAGACGAAGAAGCUGGGGAAGACCCUUGUAAGAAUCUUUUAACAAUGGAGGACCUGAUAAGCUAUAGCUUCCAGGUAGCCAGAGGCAUGGACUUUUUGGCAUCUCGAAAGUGCAUCCACAGGGACCUAGCUGCACGUAACAUACUCCUGUCAGAAAGCAACAUUGUCAAGAUUUGUGACUUUGGUCUGGCACGAGACAUCUACAAAGACCCAGACUAUGUCAGAAAAGGAGAUGCCCGGCUACCAUUGAAGUGGAUGGCACCAGAAACUAUCUUUGAUCGAGUGUACACAACUCAGAGUGAUGUUUGGUCUUUUGGAGUCUUGCUAUGGGAGAUCUUUUCACUGGGUGCAUCUCCAUAUCCUGGUGUACCUAUUGAUGAAAACUUUUGCAGAAGAUUGAAAGAAGGAACUAGAAUGAAAAUGCCUGACUACGCAAGUCCAGAAAUUUAUCAGACAAUGUUAUGUUGUUGGCACGAUGAGCCCAAACUUCGACCUACGUUUUCUGAACUGGUGGACCAUCUUGGAAACUUACUGCAAGCAUACGCUCAGCAGGAUGGUAAGGAUUAUAUUCCAUUGACUAUGACACAGAAUAUGGAAGAUGACUCCGGCGUUUCUUUGCAAACAUCACCAGUUUCAUGUAUGGAGGAAGGGGAGAGCUGUGAACCAAUGUUCCAUUAUGUCAAUGGAAUUCCAAACAGAAAUUAUCUUCAGAGUGCUAAAGGACCAAGUCGACCAGUGAGUAUUAAAACGUUUGACAGUGUGCCUGUAGAGCUGCCUGAAACAAUUCUACAAGAGGAUAACAUGACUGAUAGUGGGAUGAUCCUUUCCAAUGAUGAACUCCAAAUGUUGGAAAACAGAAUAACUCAACAAAGUAUUCCCUUAAGUAACAUAGAUUCCUCUAAGAGCAAAGAUUCAUUAACAUCUGAAACCUCAACCCAGACCAGUGACUACCAAUCAGGGUACCAUUCUGAUGACAUGGGUGCAGCUACUAAUACUGCUGACGAAAAAGAACUGUUGCUGGGAGUGCAAGUAUCACAGAGUUACCAUGUACCAUCAGUGAAUUAUGACACAGCAGUUCAGUACAGUACACAUAUAGAUUAAUACAUUUAAAAAGACAGCAGUAGCUAUAACUGUUUUGUAUGUAGUAUGUAUAUAUAAAUGUAUAUAAAUCCUUAUUUUGAUAUUCAAACAGUUAUGGACAUUGGUUAAUACAGCCAUUAGGUCCCAUGUGAAAAUAUUGACACUAAGUGUCUGUACAGUUUCCAUUGACUACAAUGUAUUGGGAGUACAGUGCUGAACAAGACAGUAUAGUUAUUUGUCGUUGUGUGGCUGUACUGCAUAUCAACCACAAGUUUUAGCGGUGUAUGUGUUUUAUGACAAAGACAACCUCAACGUUUCAGUCAUAUCCUUCAUAAAAUGAAGCUGAACACUGCCAUAAGAAUAUGUUGAAAUCCAUACGACACACAAGCCGUAGCCCAAGAAAUAACUGCUUCAUGUAUCGUCUACAAGGAGACCAUGAGAUUCAUGGAGAGAUUUUGCACUCGAACUGAACAUAGAAAUUGUAAAAAUGGAAUAGCAACAUGUUAUAUGUAAAUAUGUUAGUGAGGUUAUUAUUUUUACAUGUUUAUUGUUGUGAAACAUGUUCCAGGAGAGCGUAUGAAAUGCAGAGAAAAAGACCAUGUAUGACUGUUAGUAUUUUGUGUUAAAUGUCUAUUUAGUAAUAAAUAUAAUAUAUUAUAACUGUUUAUUGGCUUGAGUAUUGCACUUACAUAUUUAAACAGUUCAGCUUACCAUAGUUUGUCACAAACAUGAGAUACUUUCUAAAAAUACGUUUUCAUUAUUUUGCUGUUAAGGUAGUAUAAGCUGUUUAUACAGUUUCUUAAGCUACGGAAGUCAAAUUGACUGGCUAAUAAACAUGGUUUUAAUGUC